UGCCGUUCCGAGUCGUGUAACUACGUCUAUAUUUGCGAUGUCAGCCCAGCUAACAGGAGCGGACUUACUGCGAGUUUCCGUGGUGCUGCGGGCCUGCGCGGACCAGCUGGCGGUGUUGGGCCACAUCAUGCCAGACACGUACAGGAGCCGCCCAGAGGCCGAGAUGGUAGUGGAAGGAGACAUUGGUGUGGUCAUGGAGCAACAGAGGGCCGCUGAGCAUCACCUGAAGACUGCCCGAGGAGGUCAGGCGGAGGGUGCUGACCUGUCUGAGGCUGUGCAAGAGCUGCACAGGUCACACAGAGAACUAAACCGCACCCUGGAGGAAAGCCCUCUGUCCCGAGACAACCUGGCCAAGCUGCAGAGAGACAGGCAGUUUGUGGCCCAGGUGAUCAUGGACGUGUUGGCCGAGCUACAGAAGAAAGGCACCUUUCACAGUCUGCAACAGGCAGUGGAGGAGGAGAAGAAAAGAAAGGCUCAUCUGCAGGACAUAAUCAUCAGGGAAGAGGAGGGUCGCCUCAAGACGAAAGCGCUACAGAGACAAUUGGUUGACGUCCAAAAAGAAAAAACACAGGAGCUUCAGAGGCGUGAGGAAAGUACAGCACACUUGAAGGAUCAGUUGCAGGAGCUGAAAGAGAGGACAAGCCUGAAAAAGAAGUAUGUGAAGAGCAGCGCUGAACUGCUGGUCUAUGAGGGACGGAAACUUUACACUCAGAAGGAAAAUGAGAUGGAGGAUGAGAUAAGAUUGUUACAGGAGAAGCUGGAUGAAGAGACGAGGGUUCACACGGAGAUGGUAUCUUUCCUUAAAGACAAUCAAACGAGUUUGGGAGAAAAGCUGGAGUACUGGAUGGAGCGUUAUGAGAAGGAUACGGAGGACAAGCAGCAAGAACUUAAUACUUUAAAAAUCAACAAGACCAACAACCUGGCACAGUUACAGGACCUAGCUAAAAAGUAUAGAGAGACAGAGCAGGUCAUCAUUGAGGACCGAUUGGAGAAGGAGAAUCUGCGCAAGCAACUGGAGAAAGAUCAGCUGGAGAGGGAUGCAGCAACUAAGAUUCAGUCAUGGUGGAGGGGAAGUCUGGUUAGGAAAGGCCUUGGUGCCUACAAGAAGAGCAAGAAACCCAAAACUAAAGAGAGCAAAAAAGGAAAAGGAAAAGGAAAGAAGAAGUGA